AUGAAAGCGCAACAGACAACGGCAGGACCACAGGAACACGACCACACGACAACUGAGCGGGACAGGAUUGGGAGGACUAGGGGGCAGGGACAUGGACAUGGACAGGGACGGGGUGCAAGUGAAGGAGCAGGAGAUGCAGGACAACUAAAUAGGCGAACCGCAAAAACUCAUCGUCAAGGAGCGAGAGAUACGGCCAGGGAAAAGUGGGAAAAUAGAUGGGGAAUCCAACUAUGCAGCCAUAAUAAAAUUCACGGGAAUUGA